CCGAUGCAGUCGUAAAUUGUUUUGCUUAAAAUACCGAAGAGACUUUUGCUAGAGAAAGAGAAAGAGAAUCGAAGCUAGGCUACUUUUCCAAAUGACCAGAUGAAAAGCGAAUUAUGUUUAAAAAAAAAUCACAAUGAUCAAGAAACGGCUCAGCUAAAAUAGCAGCAGCAUCCAUCGCCCCAUCGGUAUAAUUCGUAGCAACACGGGCAACUUCAUCUGGCAACGGAAACGCGGCGUGCAAAGCGUUGUUUUAACAAAGAAGGCUGAUGCUCAGAGCAGCCCACCACCACCCAGGAACAUUAAACAAACCAAAAAAAACUCAGUGUGCACCAGUAAAACCGAGCGCGAUCGCCAGAAACGCCAGGCUAUAAUACGGUAUAAUUGAAAUUACGCCUUCCGCCGCCCUCCCCGCCGCGUUCGGUCGUGGCCGUGUCUUUUCGUCCAUUUGCUGGAAAAGUCACACACCGCCGCCGACGACAAAGAGGAAUCGUGCUCGCUCCAUCCAGGCCAGGGCGGGGCCGUAGGGAGAAAAUUGAAAAAAACGUUCCGCUGCGCGCUAUCAAUUGAUGCGAUUUUGGCCAGCAGCUUCAGAAAAUGAUGGUUGGAAAAGGCCCGAUCUGCAGCGCUAAAAUCGCGACAGGUCGGAUGCUGCCAUCUUUUUUCACUUUUCUCCAAAUUCAGACCCGCCGCCAGGGCCACUCCCGGGCAAAAGCAGGCAAAUUAUAGGAGGCACAGAUUUGGGUCAAACUUUUUUCGAAGAAAAGUCGUGGGCAAAGAUGCCCUUGUUGCUAUAGACCCCCUUCUCGAUCCGUGACGCAUUUACAGACCUCUCCCAUCCGCAUAGGUAUGAGCGUGCAUGCAGGUGAGCCAGCAGGUUUCCGAAAAAAAAAAAAUCAAAGGUGUGCUCUUUGGAAAGUGAAAAUGAUUGCCAGGAAAUCAGGGUAAAAUGUUUUUGAUCGCCCCUCAGAGGAGGCCAGAUACCACAGAUUGGUUUAUAGUUGUUCUAGACACCACGAGCGACCACCGGCAGCAAUAUGAGUGAUCCAGAGGAUCUGGAAGAUGGUGAGAUCGAGGAUGACGACGAGGACGAAGUGGUGGUCACCAAGUCGGAAGAUCCUCCGCUUGGCCAACCGAUGCCAAAUGAUGCGGAUGAGUUUGACGAGAAAGCGGCCUCGAACUUAGCGAGACGGGACGAACAUCAUCCCAACAGUGGCAAAGGAGGCGGUGGCCAGCAGCAACGCCAACAGCAACGCGCUUCCAACAAACCCGCUCCCGUCGUGGACGAUUGGGCGACGAAGGUCGAAAGUGCGAUUGCCAAAGAAUUGAUCAAGGAUGGCGUACAGCCGCCGAUGCCAUCGGUUGCCCUUACCCAGAACGAGGAAGACGCCCGGUCGUCCCCCAAUAUACCGACCGGUGGUGGUAGAAAGUCGAAGAAACGCAAAAAAUCCCGCGGUGGCGGAGGUGGUGGUGGUGGAGGGGGCGGUGGUGCCGGGCCUGGUGAUCUGCAACAACCAAGCAACAAACAGCCACGACUGAAUGAUGAUGCCGGUGAGCUGGGUGAACAGGAUCUGGAGUACGAAAUGCUCAACAUGCGCGGUGGAAGUCCCCAGCCGUUGUCCAUGGGCGGUGGUGGCAACCUACCGGACGGUAUGUCCGGUGGCGAAUCGGAGAACGAUACUCACUACUCAUCCGAUGAGUCUUCAUCGUUACGGGAUCAUCGGCACCGGGAUCGGGAUCAUCGGGGAGAUCGAGAGCGCGAUCGAGACCGAGAACGAGAGCUACGGUUAGCGGAACGAGAGCGUGAUCGAGAACGGGACCGGGAGUACAACCGGAGCAAACGGAAGCAACAAAAGCAACAGCAGCAACAGGCGCGACAGAGAAACGCCAAAUCCAACCGCGAUAAUCGGAAACGGAAGCGCGAUGAUUCGGAUGACGAAAAGCAUCGACCAACGGGGCCACGUAAGAUGGAGCUCUGCAAGUUCUACCUAAUGGAUUGCUGCGCAAAGCGGGAAAAGUGUCUCUACAUGCACAAGGACUUCCCGUGCAAGUACUACUACCUGGGCAUGAAGUGUAAGGAGAAGGAAACGUGCCACUUUAGCCACGGGGAACCGCUAACAAACGAUCUGCGGGCGAUACUGUUAAAGCAUCUCGAGACAGCCCCUCAGGAGAUCCUCGGUAGCUUCCAGCGCAUUAGUCGCGAUACGGCCAACAAUCUGCUUAAUGCCACGCACCGUAAGCUGAUGGAAAAGUACGGACGAGCGGGUGGCGAUGGUGGUGAUGGUGGGGAUGAUGGCAUAAAGAUACCUUCCCUCAUGGACACAAUGGGUGGAGGGCACGGUGGCAACUCAAGGCACCAGCAGCAGCAGCAACAGCACCAUCACCACCGGAAGCGAUGGUGCGAUGAACCGAACCGAAGAACGCCGGACGAUGAGGAGGAUCGAAUGCGGCAUCACGAGGCAGCGGAGGGUGGACCGCUAGGGUUGCAGCAUUUGGCUGGUGUUAUAACGCGCGAUCAGAUCAACGAUCUGGAACAGAUGGGUAUCCGGACGCUGGAUGAAAUCAGUCAGCUGACGGUAGCCCAGCUGAACGAUCUCGGUCUAAGUAUCACCCAGAUACACGAUCUUCAGGUAAAGGCACUGAGCAUGAAGCGAUCGCGCGAUAGACCAGGGCAAGAGGAUCGGUUAAGGGGAGCGGAGAGAACAUCCGUGGACCGUAACAGCAACGCAUCGGCGAAGGAUCUCGAUAUGCGACUCAAACCAGGCAUGAGUUUUCCGUCGGGUCCAGCAUUGAAUGAACCGAUCGGCGCUCAACAGCAGCAGCACCAGCAACGUGAUGUUGAUAUGCGAGUGUUUCCUCCAAAUGGUCAGCUACAAAAGGACGAAACGGGAUCCGAUCCAUCACUGCUUCCAUCGACGCUACUCCCACUGAAACCACCCACCGUCGAUUACUCGCAGUACAUCAAGGACUCUAACUUGGACGAGGAAGACCUGGAUGCGGUGGCGGCGGCUAAUCCGGCGGUUCUCAUCAACCCCGACGACGAAGACGAUGAUGACGAUGAUGAUGAUGAUGAGAACAAUCUCAAGAUCAACAUCGAGGAGGAAGAGGACGAGCAGAAGAAAGAUCAGGAAGAGGAGGAUGGGGAGGGUGGUAGUAAGAGCGGAGACCAAGAAAAGUCAGCCAGCACGCCCCUGUUACCACCUCUCGUACCACCUAAGAUUGACUAUGCGCAGGGUUUGGGUGAUCUGCUGCUGUACGGAAGCCUUGAUAAGACGGUUUCCUCUAAGCCAUCCUCCGUCGCAUCGCCCCGUACCGAUGAGCACCACUCACCGUCCGAUACGACGGCUAGCAAGGGGACCGAGAAGGACGAAAAUGGCUCAUCGAAGCUGGAUCUUCUAAAUUCGGACGAAAUCUGGACACCAUCCAUGUCCCUCCUGAGCAGUAGUAGCAGCGGUAGUGUGGCCCCCGUUAUUGGCGCUUCAGAAGCGAAACUCAAACCAGCAUCUGCAGCGGGCAGUAAACGACGUACGACGGGGCCACCAUCGAUAUAUGAUUGGGACGAUUCCGAUAACGUUGCGUCACCGGAUGGGGCAAGCUCACCGGUGGCCACACCAUUCCGUUACGGCUCGUCCGAUCGUGCGCUUCCAUUGAACAUUAAUGAUGAGGAGGACGAGGAUGAGACGGCCGGGGCACGGACCCGUGAUCUCGGGCUACCCUUCAAACCGAUAAUGGCCAACUAUGUGCCCGCGACGGAGAUUGAUGGAUCGAUCGGUUCACAUGCCACCAUAAUCUAUAAGGUGUAUGUGGUUGAAGUUCCGAAACCAAAUUUCAAGUCACUGAGACGCUCAAUGCAACGCCCGAUGGGUACGAGGGAUCCACGAUUAAGGCGCCUCUUUGGGUUGCACAGCGAUGAGGAGGAUGCGAAGGAUUCGCACGACGAUGGAGAUACCAGCGAAGGUAUAAAGUCGCCCGAUGCCAGCUCGAUCGCAUCACCUCCGUACGGUGUUCCAUCACUGCUCCCGGCAUCGGCAACCGGUGUUACCGCACCACCACUAACAUCACCGCAGGCCGCUGCCUCUUCACCUUCCUCUGCGACACGACGGGUGGAUCCUCGUAAACGGCAUGCGGAAAAGUUGGCGGCAGCGCAACAGCAGGACAGUUCCGGAUUCGGUCCCGGAGGUUUACCGCCACCACCAUCAUCUUCCGGGCCCAAUGCAACGCCCCAGCUAGACGUGCAAACGAUCCUGCAGCGAUCGCCCUGGUACAAGGAUCUCGGUACCAAGCACAAGAUCAUGGUUAACCAGCAGCUGGCGAUCCUGUCGACGGAGAUGAAGAAGUACCACAACUCCGACCGCUCCACGGAGCAGUUGAGCGAGUUUAUGAAGUUCCUCGGCACCAACAGUAUGCUGCAGCACAUCCUAACCUGUCUGAACGUGUACGUUGACCAUAAGGUAGCGUUCUGCGAGGUGGCGGCCGUACCGAUGCUACAGCCACCGCCCAACUUUCCGCUGCUUGCGAACAUUCCACCACCGAUCGUCGGUGGUGGACCUGGUGCAGCUGGGGCGGGAGGUGGCCCACCCGGUGGUAUGCCGCCACAUCUUUCCGUUCCGGUGCACAUUCCACCGCCGGUGCACAAUGUGCAGCAGCCGCCACCGAUGGGUUUACCGCCACUCGGUGGUAAUCCGCUCACCAGUGGACCACCGCCACCGUUUCUCAAUCACAACAACAACAACAACAACAACGGUGGUAAUGGUGGCCCUGGUGGGCGAGGUGGAGACAAUGGACCAUCCGGUGGAUCCCGCUUCGGGCCACCCCUGUCACAGCACGAUGGUGGUCCUCCCGGGCCUGGCAGUAUGGGGCCACUGCCACCGGGACUACUGGGAAUCGCUCCCAAUAUGCCGUUCGAACAGUUUCUGGCCAUGGGUAACAUCAAUAAGGGGGGUGGUGGUGGUGACCACGGUGGUGGCCCAGGGGGAGGCAACAUUCCACCCUGGACGCAAGGCAACGGUAACAACCAUAUGCGCAAUAGCAACAACAUGCGCAACAACAACCGCAUUGGACACAAUUUCCGCAACAACAACGACCGGUGGAUGAACAAUGGUGGAGGGGGCGGCGGCGGUAACAAUGGUGGCGGUGGUGGUGGUGGUAACGGUAACAAUCGGCGCAACAAUCGACGGAAUGAUCGGAAAAAGUAAAGUAACACCCCGCCACCCGGGAUCGGUUCCAUACCCAGUGAGAUUAUUUGCUUUGGGUGCCCCGAAGGAGGAAGGAGGAGAUGGCCGCACGGUUUAGUUGGUAAAGUUCUGCUCCCCGCCCAACCCCUCGAGGGAUGGUCUGCAGCUUGCGAUGGUGGUGUUUUGCAUUACCAAAGGCGCACUGUUGCCUUGCGGCAAAUACACACCUUCACUGUUCAUCUCUCUUCUCUAUCUCUCUAUUUGUACGUGCCACAGUUUGGGGCACAUAUCCUUAGCCAUCAUUAAGCGGCAGCAAAGCGAUUCUACUUCCGACGUUAAUUUAAAUAAAGAUAAACUAUUGAUAAAUUGGGAACGGGGAAAUGGGAGAGGGAGGAACGGCCAUGGUAAGGGAUCCAAUCGAUCGGAUUGGAUCGACUGUAAUGUUCUUAUCGCAAAAUUAAAUUAGACUGAUUGCAAACGUAGAUUGUGCGCGUAUUGUUAGUGCAGUUAAAGAGGUACGCUUUCUGUUCUGUAAAUAGAGCCCCCUCCUCCUCGUCAUACGAGCCGAGCGCGAAUAUUAGUGCUCCGAUGGCGGUACGAUGUAUAUCAUAAUAAAAACAACCUAUUUUUUACCGCAUUUUCUGUGUCUGCUAAAAUUUGCCUGUAGAUAAUUCCUCUUUGAAAACAGUUGGUCCAUAGAAAAAAGGGGGUUUG